CUUUAUGGGAGACCGGCGCUCAGCUGUUCCGGCCGACAAGGCCGACCAGCUGCUGAGAGAGGGCUCGGCCAGGCAGGGGCGUCAGGAUGUCCGGGUGUUGGCCUGUGAGAAGCUGAGGGAUGACCUGAAGCAUCGGGUGAGUGAAGGACAGGAAGGAACCCAGGAAGGAGAGAAAGAACACGGAGACAUGUGCGCUGCGUGCAUGUCAACAGUAUGGGGCCGACAUGGCCAUCCACGCACGAAAUGGGGCGCGUGUGCCGAUCGUGCACUGCCACCUAUCGAAGGUACCAAAGUGACACACAUCAGAUGAUGGUUUGUGUCUGGUGUGUGUCUGGUCAGAGCCAAGGAAGGUGGAAGGCUGAUGUGGCCUUUAACAACGGCCUGGGAAGCCACAAGGCCAAGAUCCUCCUCGCAUAUAUGGAGUCUUCUCCAAUUAUCAGGGAGCUGGGUAAGCGGAGACACCGGUCACCGACCGUUUGCAAAACACAGUGUGACAAUUCACGGCUUGCUCUGUUCCUCAGCCCUGCUGGUGAAGCGGUGGGCGAAGGGAAGGGGACUGUGCGGUGGCAGAGGGCUGACGUCCUUGGGAUGGGUGCUGCUUGUAAUAUACUACGAUCAAAUGAGGUAGACAAGCGGAUGGAUUCACACGGGAUCACAUGUUUCAUGUUUUAUGUCAGGACGCCACCUCUACUGCCCAACCUGCAGCAAUCGUGUGGUGGCAGUCCUAGACGCGACGAGACGGUCACCACCUACGACUUCGACAAGGACGCAUACAUCAAACACAACGUACCUACGGGCAGAUUGUAGCAUGCAAAACAACUAAUGACCCGUGUCUCUCCUGUGACUUAGGUUUACCCACUCGUCGACAAGUCCGACGCCGCUUUGCCUGCUCCCCCGAUGAGCCACCCCUCGCCGUCUUUCCGCGUCCUUGCCUCCCCCCUGCCCUACGAGCACGUCCGUAGUGAGCAGGACAGAAGGCUCAUGGCCUUUGUCAAGGAUGCGGAAGACGAGCUCGGGUUUCUCGACCACAUGAGGUGAGGCCUCAAAGAUAUAGGGGCGCAGGAGGGCUGCGCAUGACUGGCCUGUCUGUGGUCGUGCUGGUCAGGCGACGGCAGAACCGACAUGCAGCCAACAGCCACAAUCUCAAGCUGCACACAGUAUUCUACGAAUUUUUUUACAGUGAGACAGCCGACUUCUAUGCAGAAUCAAACAGACCACAAACAGAUUAACGCUUCUUCGUUUUUUUUGCUUGCGCCCCAGGUUCUAUAGAUCGUGGCUUGACGCCACGAAGCACAUCAUAUCCAUUCGCCUCGCCCCGCGCCGCAUCACCAAGACGGAUUAUCUGGCAUCUUCGGUGAGCGACAGCAAGAAGGAAGCGAGAAGAGCAGGACGAAAUAGAAGCAAGUCUGUUGGCUUGUGUUUUGCAGGAGAUCUCUGACAAAGAGGAAUACAGGCAGCGGCUUGACGUGCGGAAACAAAGUCAGUAGAAAAGACUUGCAGGGAUCACUCUCUGUGGCUGACGUUUUCAGCACCUAUGGGUUGAGGACCCAAUCGAGACAGGCAGUGUCCAUUUCGUUGACGCCAUGGUACACAUACAUACAUACAUACAUACCUAUGUGCCGUUCUUCUUCAGAAAAAACGAGAGAUGGACCAGGAGAUCGCUCGUGCCCUGGAGAUGCUGGCCCGCCACAAUCCCCGAGUCCUGUUUGGUGAGAUUGUGGCAGACAAGCUCUUCUACGGGCCUUCUCCUGGCCGCGGCCCGCCCCUCCAUCGAGGCCCUGUACUGAAGACGUUCAAGAUGAACUUGCCGGUAUAUGCAAAUGAGACAUAAGUCAAACAGAUGAGAUGAAUGCACGGGGGCUCCUGUUUGCUUCAGGGGGAUGGAGGCAGAUAUGUUGGCACAAAGGCGUGUGUCCUCAAUCGCAUCAAGGAGCUCUGCUCUCAGUUGGGAGGUGCGUAGACUGACACGUAUCAACAUCGCAGGACACAUCCAUCCAUCUUGACUGCCCUUACCAGGGGUGACCAUCGAGACACCGUUGAGAGGCAGCAUCAAAACAACUAUCAACGUGUCAGGUGAGCGUCGCCACACGACCCGGACACAGAGCGACACUAUCACGCCUCCCUUGCCUGGUUCCAACAGGCCCCGAAGCAGCUGUCUCCGCGGCACUGGGAUACCUCAACAUGAUCAAAACAGGCAAGCGCCUACCCGACCAGCCGUCCACAUCACCAGCCCCUGGUACGUAUUCCAACCAGACACCAACCUGGACCACGCGGGGCCCGCCACGGAAGAAGGGAUGACAUGGGGCGGCACCAAGCACUUCACGGCCGAUGACGUGGGGUGGUGUCGGUGUGUGAUUCUGUUACUUGCAAGCCGGUGAAAGAACACAAACCACUUUAACCGAGCCAGGCAGGGAGCCAGCUGGAAGUAGUCGCAGCCUGUAUGGCCCGUCGCCCUGCUUCUAUCUACAGGUGUUUUGCUCUUAUCGGUGUCUACAUUUUAUGUUGUGGUGUCUCUUCUCUGCCCAUCUCUGCUACGCCUUGCCCUUCUCUGGGAUGACUUUCGUUCGGAUCUCCCACAGGUCUAUUGCUUUCAAUCGGCGUCUUCUCGUACGUGUGCGUAUGGCAAGAGACAUGUGAAGAGGUUGUUUAGCUCGAUGCCACGCAGAGUAUCACUCCGCUUAUGCCUGUGUCUCUUUCAAUCGUGCACUAUACCAGCUCAGCAUACGCUGGCACCCUCUCUCUGUCUCACAGACAUCGUUCGCAAAGUC